AUGCCAGCACUGCAUGCAUCGGGCCCAUUGCUGGGGGCUGCAGGCCCCCGCAGCGGCACCGUGCGCUGCGCUCUGCGGUGCGCGAGGACCGCCCUGACACCAUGGGCCGGCGUGGCAAGGGCGCCAUUCUCCCCCAGGGUUCCAUGCACGCCGCUUCGCUCGGCGAGUACGGCCACCACCCAGCCGGAAACCGAGACGGGGCCUGUGCCGGAGUCCGGCACCGGCCCAGCCACCCGCCACGCAGCCUACCCCUUUGCCGAGCUGGAGCCCAAGUGGCAGCGGUACUGGGAGGAGAACCAGACCUUCAGGACCCCAGAAUUCAAGGACCUGGACACCAGCAAGCCAAAGUUCUACGUCCUGGACAUGUUCCCCUACCCCAGUGGGUCGGGAUUGCACGUGGGCCACCCCGAGGGCUACACCGCCACCGACAUCCUGGCGCGGUACAAGCGCAUGCGCGGCUUCAACGUACUGCACCCCAUGGGCUGGGACGCGUUCGGCCUGCCCGCCGAGCAGUACGCCAUCCAGACGGGGACGCACCCCGCCGCGACCACGGCGACCAACAUCACGCGCUUCCGGCAGCAGCUGCGCGCGCUGGGGUUCAGCUACGACUGGCGGCGCGAGGUGUCCACCGCCGACCCGGCCUACUACCGCUGGACGCAGUGGGUCUUCCUGCAGCUGCACGCCGCGGGGCUGGCCUACCAGGCGGAGGUGCCGGUGAACUGGUGCCCCGCGCUGGGCACCGUGCUGGCCAACGAGGAGGUGGUCGACGGCCUGAGCGAGCGUGGGGGGCACCCAGUGAUGCGCAUGCCCCUGCGCCAGUGGAUGCUACGCAUCACCGCCUACGCAGACCGCCUGCUGGCCGACCUGCCCACCCUGGACUGGGACCCCGCCAUCCUGGACCAGCAGCGCAACUGGAUCGGGAGGUCGGAGGGGGCGGCGAUCAGCUUCCCGCUGACGCAGCGCCCAGACGCUUCUGGCGCCAGCGCCAGCCCGCCACCUUAUCCAGAGGCCAUCGAGGUGUACACCACCCGGCCUGACACCCUCUUUGGCGCCACAUUCCUGGUCCUGGCGCCCGAGCACCCGGCCACGCUGGCCGUGGCCACCCCGGACCGCGCCGCGGAGGUGCAGGCCUACGUCGCCGCCGCCACGGCCAAGUCCGACCGGCAGCGCGCGGCGUCGGGCGUCACGGGGGUCUUCACAGGCGCGUAUGCGCUCCUCCCCGCCACGCGCGAGCCCCUGCCCAUCUGGACGGCCGAGUAUGUGCUGGGCGCGUACGGCACGGGCGCCAUAAUGGCCGUGCCCGCCCACGACGAGCGCGACGCGGCCUUUGCCGCGCAGUACCGCCUGCCCAGCCGCGCGGUGGUGCGGGACGGCGAGGCGGGCGGGACGGUGGCCUGCGCCUCCGCCGCGCCGGGUCUGACCCUGGACGGGCUGGGCCGGGCGGAGGCCAGCCGCGCCGUGAUCGACUGGCUGGAGGCGCGGGGGGCGGGGCGGGGCAGGACGCAGUACAAACUGCGCGACUGGCUGUUCGCGCGGCAGCGCUACUGGGGCGAGCCCUUCCCCGUUGUGUUCCCGCUGGGGCCCGAUGGCAGCCCUGAUCAGACCUCAGUUGCCAUUCCGGAGUCUGAGCUGCCCCUGGUCCUGCCCGAGGUGGAGGACUUCACGCCCACAGGCACCGCAGACCCCCCGCUGGCCAAGGCCACGGCCUGGAUGCAGACCGUGGUGCCCGGCACAGAGUCCCCCGCGAUCCGCGAAGCGUCCACCAUGCCCCAGUGGGCCGGGUCAUGCUGGUACUACCUCCGCUACAUCGACCCCGACAACAGCAGCAGGCUGGUGAGCAAGGAAGCAGAGGCCUACUGGAUGCCCGUGGACCUAUACGUCGGCGGCGCCGAGCACGCCGUGCUGCACCUCCUCUACGCCCGCUUCUGGCACAAGGUCCUCUUCGAUCUGGGCCACGUCAGCACGCCCGAGCCCUUCCAGCGCCUGGUCAGCCAGGGCAUGAUCCUGGGGGAGGUGGAGUACACCGUGCACCGAGGGCCGGGCGGCGAGCCCGUGCGCGAGGGUGACGCGGGCGCGGCGGCUGUCAGGGUCCGGCCGGAGGAGGUGGAGCCGUGGGCUGCCAGUCCAACGGGGUACCGCCUGCGCGCGGACCCGUCCACCCCCGUGUCGGCCCGCGCCCACAAGAUGAGCAAGAGCCGGGGGAACGUGAUCAAUCCGGACGACGUGGUGGCGGGGUACGGCGCGGAUUCGCUGCGCCUCUACGAGAUGUUCAUGGGCCCGCUGCGUGACACCAAGGUCUGGAGCACCAAGGGCGUGGAGGGGGUCCACCGCUUCCUCGCCCGCGUCUGGCGGCUGGGCACUGAGCGCCUGGCGCAGCCCGGCGUCGCCCCCACGCCGGCGCAGGCGGCGGUCAUGAACCGGACGGUGGGGCGCAUCACGGAGGACACCGAGGCCAUGCGCUUCAACACCGCCAUCGCGGCGAUGAUGGAGGCGGUGAACGCCGCGUACAAGUGGGAUGCCUGCCCCCGCCCCCUGUUCGAGACGCUGGUGCUGCUGCUGGCGCCCUACGCCCCCCACAUUGCGGAGGAGCUGUGGCAGCGGCUCGGGCACGAGGGGUCGCUGGCCUACGCGAGCUGGCCCGCCUUUGACCCGAGCCUGGUCCAGGUCGACAGCCUGAAGCUGCCGGUCCAGGUGAACGGCAGGGUGCGGGCCGUGAUAGAGGUGGAGCGCGAGAUCGGGCAGGGGGCGGCGCUGGAGGCGGCGCGCGCCAACGAGGCGGUCAGCCGCCACCUGGCCGGCAAGCAGGUUGUGAAGGUGGUUUGGGUGCCGGGGAGGGCGCUCAACCUCAUAGUCAAAGCAUCGCGCCUGCCGGUCGUGACCCGUGCGGUGGUGGCGGAGAGGGACCCCCCCGCAGUCAAUGAAACGAGCAGCAAGUCCAGCGACAAGACUCGCGUCGGCAUCAACGGGUUCGGACGCAUCGGCCGACUCACCCUGCGCGCAGCAAUGCAGAACCCAGAGGUCGAGAUCGUGGCCAUCAACGAUCCCUUUGUCAACCCCGAGUACAUGGCGUACAUGCUGAAAUAUGACACAGUCCACGGAAGGUUCAAGGGAGACAUUGACUACGAUGGCUCCAGCCUGUACCUGAACGGGAAGCAGUUGGCCGUCUCAGCCUGCAUGGACCCCAGCGAGAUCGCUUGGGGCAAGUCGGGCGCCGACUACAUCUGCGAAGCCACCGGCGUGUUCACCGACACCGCCAAGGCAUCGGCCCACUUCAGGGGCGGCGCGAGGAAGGUGGUCAUCUCCGCGCCCUCCAAGGACGCCCCCAUGUUUGUCAUGGGCGUGAACCACCACGAGUACGAAGCAUGCCAGGACGUGGUGUCCAAUGCCUCCUGCACCACCAACUGCCUGGCCCCGCUGGCCAAGGUGGUGAACGACAAGUGGGGCAUCCGGGAGGGGCUGAUGACCACAGUGCACGCCACCACCGCCACCCAGAAGACGGUGGACGGCCCCUCGCGCAAGGACUGGCGCGGCGGGCGCGGCGCGGCCUUCAACAUCAUCCCCUCCUCCACCGGCGCGGCCAAGGCCGUGGGUAAGGUGUUGCCCGCGCUCAACGGCAAGCUGACGGGGAUGGCCUUCCGCGUGCCCACCGCCGACGUCUCGGUGGUGGACCUGACGGUGAACCUAGAGCGCGGCGCGGAGUACGGCGAGAUCAUGGCCGAGCUGCGCCGUGCCUCUCAGGCCGAGCUGGCGGGUAUCCUUGGCUUCACCGAGGAGGCAGUGGUGUCCUCAGACUUCAUCUCCGACGCGCGGUCGUCGAUCGUGGACGCCAGCGCCGGCAUCCAGCUGUCGCCCACCUUUGUCAAGCUGCUGGCCUGGUACGACAACGAGUGGGGCUACUCCAACCGCGUCGUGGACCUCAUCCGGCACAUGGCCGCCGUGGACGCGCGCGUGUGA